GGCUUCCACAGUGGAUCUGCGCGCACACGGAGCGCACCGGGACGAGCUCCAAGACGCGCGGCGGGCAAAGAGUCCGAUCGGUGGCGCACAGCAGAAGAAGCUCCUUCCGUUUGCGCGUAUCAAGAAAGUGAGGUGAAAUAAUAAAGUGGGCGAUUUAGCAAAAACCUUGAGAUAAAUAAACACGAAAAGCCAUCAACUCGUGCGCUUAAAGACGGCGAUGAAGACCCCUCGUAGCUCCUUACCGCAGUUCGCCUGAAAAGCAAUCAUGAACUUUUCGGAGUCCGUGUGGCUCUGGGGGGGGCAGAGGAACCUCAGCGGAGCCGCUGACGAGGACCAGCAACUUUUAUUCGGGAUCGGCACGGAUAACUUCAUCACGCUGCUGGUUUUCGGACUGAUCUUUUCGCUCGGCGUGCUGGGCAACUCCAUGGUGAUCACCGUGCUGGCUCGGAGCAAACCGGGGAAACCGCGCAGCACCACCAACAUAUUCAUCCUCAACCUGAGCAUAGCGGACCUGUCCUACCUGCUCUUCUGCAUCCCUUUCCAGUCCACCGUCUACAUGCUGCCCACGUGGGUCUUGGGAGCCUUCAUUUGCAAAUUCAUCCACUAUUUCUUCACCGUGUCCAUGCUGGUGAGCAUCUUCACCCUGUCGGCCAUGUCCGUGGACCGCUACAUUGCCAUCGUGCACUCCAGAAGGUCCUCCUCCAUCCGGGUGGCCAGGCACGCUCUGAUCGGGGUAGUGGUGAUUUGGAUACUCUCCCUUGCCAUGGCUGCUCCAGUCAUGUAUUACCAGAACAUUUUUCACACAAGAGACAAUCACACAUUCUGUUGGGAAGUGUGGCCCCAAAGCCAGAAGAAAGUCUAUGUCGUUUGCACGUUUGUGUUUGGUUAUGUUCUGCCUCUGCUGCUGAUUUCCUUCUGUUACGCAAAGGUCUUAAACCACUUGCAUAAAAAACUAAGAAAUAUGUCCAAAAAGUCAGAGGCAUCAAAGAAAAAGACUGCUCAAACGGUCCUGGUGGUGGUGGUGGUGUUCUGCCUCUCUUGGCUCCCCCAUCACGUCGUGCACCUGUGGGUGGAGUUCGGAACCUUCCCUCUGAACCAGGCCUCCUUUGUGUUCCGGGUGGCCGCCCACUGCCUGGCGUACAGCAACUCGUCCGUCAACCCGGUCAUCUACGCCUUCCUGUCGGAGAACUUCCGGAAGGCCUACAAGCAGGUGUUCAAGUGCCAGAUCGGCGGCGGCGGCGGCGACUCCCCCCUCGACGACGUCAGGGAGAUCCGCAGCAAAGCGGACACGCCGCCUUCCACCAACUGCACCAACGUCUGACGGGCGAGGUGCGGGCUGUGUGAGGUGAAAGUUAAUGAUGGCGGGCGGAUGUGAAAGCCACGCGGACGGAGCGCUCGGUACCACAUGAGCGCUGUUCGCUGAACCCGGACCAGAGGGGAGGAGAUAAGGCUGCAGGGCAUGGUUGCUCAUGCCGUCUUUGAUUGCGCUCCGCUCCCUUCUGUAAUGAUGGAACAAAUCAUUUUGAUUGUAGACAUACUGUACGUCAGACCACCAUAUAGUUCCAAUACAUUAAAAACAUUGUUCUUUCACAUGUUGAAAGUAUUACAAUUUUAAUUCGUAAUUACCUCUUAAAAUGUUGUUUGAAUGCAUUUUCUCUUAAACUGUCCAAACUGUUUUGUAACAUUGGACAGUACUGUGAUUUUUUUGUUGUUAUAUUCAGCAAUGAUUACACCAACUAAUCCCAAUCAGGCUCUGUAACUUUGAUGCUUCAAAGGUCAACUUGUUUGCUUUUUUAUGAGGAACGCGAUGGUUUGAUGUGCAUUGAGUGAAGAAAAUGCUCUCCAACAUGUUAGAUUUGAGUGCUUAAUGCAGGGACUGGAGGUACUUAGUCUUAUGGCCCCUGGUACCUCCAGAAACCGCAUUUUACAAAUUCAGACAAUUUGUGUAAACGUCCGUUGGCUGCUUCCUCCAGAGUUGGAAGGCGCGUGGCGGUUCCACAAAGAUAGACUUUCAUCUUACUAAAGAUCGGAACAAGGGGUAGCUGUCAAAAUGUAGUCGCUGCAUAGUUUGUUUGUCCUUCUGGAGAAAUUCAACAGUUAGAAGGACAUGCUGAUGAAUUUCACUUCUGGGUGGCAACGAGUGGGCUCAGAACUUCUGCUUAAUCCUCGGGCUGCGGACAGUUUCCUUGGUGACACAAAAAGGAUGCACCAUGUCCUCGGUGUUGUGUAUUACUGUGGUCGCUUUUAUGUCUUUCUCCAUCUCAGAGACCACAACACAGGAGCCAACCUUGCCAUGACAGUGGGUGCCACUGGUCAGCGGGUGUCACUGAUUGUUACCAUGGAAACCUAUUCUCCAUCACGGAAACAAGACCCUUGAGGCGUUUUGACAUCAUUGGAAAAAAACACUUUUGCAAGAACCUCCUCGAUUAUAGUUCAUUUCCAGAUUUGCAGAAAUGUGCAUUAGAAAGCCCAGGUUAUACAUAUAUAGUAUACUGUAUAUAUACUGUAUAUAUAUAUACAUAUAGGCCUACAUAUACUUAUACUUACUUUUUUAGUAUUUAGUUCUUUUUAGAUCUUUUGUUUUUGAGAUUGUGAGUCCUGGGCACAGUACUGAAGGCUGACCCAGUGUUAAACAAUGAUAAAGAAUCCAUUUACCUUUUCCGAACAUUCAUUUCCCAGGAUGCAACACGUGGGUUGGUGUGUGUUUGUACUUUUGGAAAUGUUAAAGGUACGCCGCAGCUAUU